GGUAAUGGUAAGUCACAAUUGUCGACACUCUCUGGACAUUCUUGCUGGUUGGAUAACGACGACGGCUGCAGGCCUGCACUCAUUAGGUCAGUGGGAAACACACGACAUGUACCCGAGACUGAACUCGCUUGCUUGGCCAGCUGUCAAAUAGAGAUCGGCUUUCUGUUAGGUGAUGAGAAAGUCACUGUUGCGAAAGCAACGGUCACAGUACUAGCUGCCGCGUUUCCAUCUGCUCAUAAAUAAAUGCAUGCGGCAGUCACCAGAUGACAUUGUAAACGUUUUGUUUAAUAGAAAACGCCUUCCUCACUUUAAAUUUGUCACCACAAGGGAAAAAGUGUAAGAAGCAGCUGUUCCGUCGGCUUAAUUAGAACAUUGAGCAAGAUUUGUCCAUAGACUCCAAUUACAUUUGACUGGUUAUCCUGUUUUUGUUGAACGUAAAUACACGAAGGGGGAUAAACGAUAUUAAGUGACAAACAUCGCUUGUCUUCAGAGAUACUCAUUGAAACGAAUCCAUAAGUUCAUUUAUAUUUUCCCCGCUUGCCGGCGUCAUUUGCUCCGCUUUUUUCAAAGUUCCUUUCGGCUGAUCAAUUGAUCAUACAGAAAAACAUAAUACUCAUCUUGCAAUAACUUCUCGUUCCAACAUGACAAAGGAAAUGCUAGUACAAACGAAGAAGGGCGAAAAGCUGCGUAUCCGUAGGAUGCGUUUCAUGGACCUCGUAGGAGUCUCUAAUACUGUUUAUGAUGCAUUCAAAAAUAGCAAAACAUGGCACUGGCGUUUCGGCGGAUGUUCAGAUCGUGUUUCUCGAAUAUUGACCGUAUACCUGACACUGGACUCGUACGUAGAUCCUUUAAAGGACAUGUUUGUAGCUUCCACAACCACAAACAAGUAUGCAGGCAUGCUUGCAUACAAAUAUGUCACACCCAAACAGACGCCUAAGCCCUGGUGGAGGCAGCUGAUUGUUUGGGCAACGAUGCUCCUUGGUGCUUUAAUGUUCUGGAUUCUUGGCGCUCAGCAAGUUCGUCGACGUUUCGAGUACAAUGGAGUUGAGUACCGUAAAGCACUCGUGGAAACUGGUUUGCUUGAAAAGCCCAAUGGCUAUGUGCAUGUUGACUUAUUAGCAGUUCAUGUUGACGAACAGCAUAAGGGCAUCGCUGGCAUACUUAUGGAUAUUGCUCACGACUGUGCUCGGAAGCACAACGUGCCUAGCUUUCUCAUGGCAAGUCAAGCUGGUUUCGACAUGUAUGUUCAUAUGGGCUACAAACACGUGUCUACUGCUGUACUCAUUGACGAAAGAACGGGCGACGUAGUCCGAAAUAGUCCUGCCAUGAUAUGGGAACCAAAGGACCACCCGGCAGUCUCAAAAUGAGAAACUGCGAUGACCCAAUACUUUCCACUCAGUGUCCCUUUUUGGCCUUCUGACACAAGCCGAGUUUGUUUGACUUCGACUUGUACAAAACUUUCUGCAAUGCCCGUUAUGUUAAUCUGUCUCCAAAGACAACGCAUCGCUACCUGACUAGUCGUUUUAGUAAUAAUAUACAGGAUUGCGUUUCAGCAUGCUCGUAGGACAAACCCGUGUUCUUCCAACAUGUGUUUUAUGAGGCACAUUCAUCAACCUUUAAAUGUUUAGUCAGUUUAAUAAUCAGGUAAUGCCUUAGCCUA